UUUUAUAUGGGUAUUAUUAAUUUAUUGUUAAUUUGAUUAUUUUUCUUUUUGUUCUUAGUAAGUAAUUGUGUAAUUUAUAUGGAUAUUAUUACUUUGUUGUUAAUUAGUUUACUUUUUACUUCUUAUCAUUGUUAAUUAGUUGUUAGAUUAAUUAGUUUUACUUUUGUCUUGUUAAUUAGACAUUAGUUUAUUUUAUAUGGUAUUAUUAAUUUAUUAUUAAUUUGAUGAUUUUACUUUUUGUUCUUAUUAAUUAAUUGUUUAAUUUAUAUAGGCAUUGUUAAUUUAUGAUUUUACUUUUUGUUCUUAUUAAUUAAUUGUUUAAUUUAUAUGGGCAUUGUUAAUUUGUUGUUAAUUAGUUUACUGUUUUACUUUUUACUUAUUAAUCUUGUUAAUUACUUAUUUAAUUUAUAUUGGAUAUUGUUAAUUUGUUGUUAAUUAAUUUAUUUUUUAUUCUUGUUAAUUUUUUUGUUAGAUUAUAAAUGGGUGAUAAGAAUAAUACAUCUGGAUCUUCUGCUAGUAGUAGAAGAACGGACCCAGGAUGGGCACAUGUAAUUCAAGUUAGUGAAAACAAUACCAAUGAUCUUCAAUGCAUGUACUGUAUGAAAGUUUAUAAAGGAGGAAUUGAUAGAAUCAAGCAACAUCUUGCUGGAGGUUACAAAAAUGUAAUUCGGUGUCCAAAAUGUCCAGAAGAUGUAAGGAAUCAAAUGCAGGAAUUCAUUGCUAAAAAAAGAGAGCAAAAAUCAAUUAUGAAUAUGUAAAGACCACCUGAAUUUGAUGAUGUUGAAAUCGGGAUUAGAUGAAAAUGAGGAAGAGGAAGAGUUGAUGCAAGAAAUUGGCAGUGAAAGAAGAAGGCAAGUACUGGAAGUUACAGGUACUAGUGCUUUUAAAAAACCAAAAGUUUUACCACCACAAAGUAGUAGAGGGCCUAUUGAUUGUUAUUUUUCCCCUAGAUCUGCUGUUUUGGGAAAAAAUAUGAGGCAAACUACCAUUGAUGAAAAUAGUCCAGCUAAAAAGGAGUUAAGGGAGCGUGCUUGUGUUGCCAUAGCACGAUGGAUGUAUGAUGUGGGAAUAACUUUUAAUGCUGUGAAUUAUGAUAGCUUUGGGGAAAUGAUUCGAGCAAUUGGAAAUUAUGGGAAAGAAAUAAAACCUCCAAGUUUUCAUGAGGUUAGAGUUCGGUUACUUAACAAAGAAGUGCAAAUCAUAAAUGAUCUUCUCGACUCUCAUAAAGAAGAAUGGGAAAAUUAUGGAUGUACAUUGAUGUGUGAUGGAUGGACGGAUAGAAAAGGGAGAACCUUGAUUAAUUUCUUGGCUAAUAGUCCAAAGGGAAGUGUAUUUAUUAAAUCAGUUGAUGCAAAUGAUGAAUCAAAGACGGCGGCAUUGUUGGCUAGUUUGAUUGAGAUUGUUGGCUAGUUUGAUUGAGAAAGAAUUGAUGGAAAUUGGUCCUGAAAAAGUAGUUCAAGUUGUUAUAGAUAAUGCAUCAAAUAAUGUUGCAACAGGGAGAAUAUUGGAAGCAAAAUUUUCUCAUCUAUACUAGACUCCAUGUGCAGCUCAUUGUAUAGAUUUGAUGUUGGAGGAUAUCUUUAAGAUCCGUGUUUUCAAAGAAACAUUCUGCAAAGCUGUUGAGCUUACUGGUUUCACAUAUGGCUCUUCAGGAGUUCUAAAUAUGUUGCGGAAGUUUACUAAUGGAGUAGAAUUGCUAAGGCAAGAGUAAACUAGAUUUGCUACUGCUUUUAUUACACUGGGAAGGAUUCAUCUUCAGAAAGCUAACAUUAGAAAAAUGUUUACUUCAGAAAGUUGGACAACUAGUAAAUGGGCUAAAGAGGUGAAAGGCAAAAAGUGUGAAAGGACAGUUUUGAGUCCUGCCUUCUGGAAUCAUGUUGUUUAUGCUCUUAAGGUUUCCGGUCCUCUUGUUCGUGUGCUUCGACUUGUUGAUAAUGAAAAAAAACCAGCUAUGGGAUAUAUUUAUGAAGCCAUGGAUAGGGCUAAAGAAGCCAUUGCCAACUCACUCAAUGGCAAUGAAGAGAAAUACAAGAGCAUUUUUGAGAUUAUUGAUGCGAGAUGGUCACUUCAAUUGCAUCGUCCU